AUGGCCCGGGCGUCUCACCCAGGUGGCUCUCUGCCUCCGCUCGCCACCGUGCCCCAGCUGUGGGCUCAGCCCGGGGUCGCUGGGGAGGAGCAGUGGGAGGGAAGGCGGGCGGGCGCUCUCCGCGGGGAGGCUCGUGGCUGGUUGGGGCUGCCUAUGGCCGGGAGCAUCCCCUGCCUGGACCCACGGCCCGGCGGAGCUCCUGGAGGGCAGCCGUGGUGGCCAGCGCUGGCGGACGAGGGCGAGGACCACGAGGCUGGCGCUGCGGACCGGAGGCUGGAGCCAGCAGAGGGCGGCCCGAUCCCUCCCGCGCUGCAGCGUCUCCGGGUCGUGUUACUGCGGCUGCACCGCGAGCGAGAGCAGCUCCUCCAGGCCCGGGACUGCGCCCGCCACCUUCAGGUGGCCGUGCGCCUCCUGAGGACCCUGAGUCUCGGCACGCCAUCCCGCGGCCCUAGCCCCUUGUCCCAGCUGUGCCGCGAUCUGCAGUUGCACCCUUCCCGCGGGGAGGUCCUGCGAUUCGGACUUCGGGACGCUCUCGAGCCGCUACUCCUGGCGCGUUCCGUCGGACUGGCUGCCCAGCGCCUGGAUGCUGCCAUCGAGAUGCAGCUUCGCGCUCUGGGCCGGGCGCCCUCCAGCCCCGGCCUGUCGUCCCAACUCGCCGAGCUGCUGCAAGCGCUCCCCGCCUACCACAGGCUGCAGGGAGAAGCCAUGAGCCACGUCCCAGGGGCAGCGCGCCCUUUCCCCCCGGCCCGUGUGCUCCGUCUCCUGACGGCGGAACGGGGUUGCCAGGUGGCAAGUCGGCUGCAUGAGGCGCUCAGGGGAUCGGGAUUGUGGGAUCAGCUCAGCCGUUGGUGCCAUGAGGAACGGGAGCUGCUCCCAGGGUUGCUGGGCCUGACAGGGAGUGUGGCGGGUUCAGCCAGCAGUGGACCAAGGCUUGGAAGGGCUGGAGCCCUAUGGAGCCAGUAUUGGACCCUGCUGUGGGCAGUCUGUGCUCAGAGUCUGGACCUAAAUCUGGGACCCUGGAGGGACCCUAGGGCAGCAGCACAACAGCUGAGUCAGGCACUGGGUCAGGCACCCCUGCCUCAGGAGUGUGAGAAGGAGCUGGCUUCUCUGUGUCGCAGUCUACUUCAUCAGUCUCUUAUCUGGAGCUGGGACGAAGGUUUCUGCCAGGCCUUGGGAUCUACUCUUGGGGAUCAGAGCAGCCUUCCCUCAUCCUCUCGUACUACUGAACUUUUGCAACAGCUCUUUCCUCCUCUCUUGGAUGCCCUUCGAGAACCCAGGUCAGGACUGAUCUGUCGGCUUCCAGGUCCUGCAUCCAUCGCCUUGGGGCUCUGCACCCUGCAGACUACCUUGCUCUGGUUCUUGGGCAGAGCUCAGCAGCACCUGGCAGCAUGGGCCCCAGGUUCCUUCUUGCUCCUAAUCCAAAAGGACUUACCUCCAUUAGUGCAUGAAGCAGAAACUCUGUCUAGCCUGGCCUCAGAGGAGAGCUUAGCUCUGGAGGUGGAGCAGCAGCUGGGCCUGGAGAUCCGGAAGCUGACUGCACAGAUCCAGCUCCUGCCUGACAAGUCACUAAGUCUCUUUUUUCAAGAAUGUCAUAAACAAGCUACACAGGGCUUCAAGCUCUACAUGCCACGGGGUCGGUACUGGCGGCUUCGUCUCUGUUCUGAACCUCCCAGUGUUCCUAGUGAGUAUGCUGGUUUGGUGGUCCGCACUGUACUGGAGCCUGUGUUGCAAGGACUGCAGGGAUUGCCGUCCCAAGCCCAGGCCCCUGCCCUCAGUCAGACACUGACAGCCAUCUUGGAUGCCUGGCUAGACCACAUCCUCACUCAUGGGAUCCGAUUCAGCCUGCAGGGGGCACUGCAGCUCAGACAAGACUUUGGAGUGGUCAGGGAGUUGCUGGAAGAGGAGCAGUGGGGCCUGUCCCCGGAUCUUCGCAGGACUCUGUUCACACUCAGCAUCUUCCAGCGGCUGGAUGGGGCCCUGCUAUGUCUGUUGCAGCAGCCCCUGCCCAAGACUCAAGUCCACAGGAGGCCUCCCUGUUGCUGUACUUCUAAUGAGGUCCAGACCAUGGAGUUGCCCAGCUGCAGCCUCAACAGCCUGGAGAGCUUGGAGCCCCCUCUCCAUCCUGGAUCAUCCCCAGCCCAGAGAGCUCAGCUGCUAAGCACACUGGGGGGAAGGGGACCUAGCCCUGAGGCCUACUUGGUGGGAAAUCAGCAGGCCUGGCUUGCCCUGAGGCAGCACCAACGCCCCCGUUGGCACCUGCCUUUUCUCUCCUGCCUAGGGACCAAUCCUGAAUCCUAAGGAGCCUAGGGUCAGGGGCUAGAAAGUCCUACUACUGGCUGGAAAAGCCCAGAUAUUUGGAACUGCAGAUUAAAGAAGCCUACAAUAGGGAAUUUGGAAGAAAGCAUACCUGAGAGACACAAGUUACACAGAGCCUGGACUUACAAGCCAAUAAUCCAACAUCACUCCAGGGCCUGGAAUCCAGAGUAAAGGGCAAAAUCAAAGCCUGGAAACUGAAGGUCAGCAUCCUUGGGAGGUUCAGGCCUAGUUCCCCAUCAGUGAAGACAUCUCAGGGCAAGAAGUGGGAGGACAACUAAGAGAGUUGGAUCCCAGGGGAGAAGGAAAGGGAAAAGCAAUAGAAA